UCAGGUUUCGUAUACAGAGAUCAACACAGAGAUACAGACAUGAGCUUGUUGUUGGGGAAUGGUAGCAAUAGCAGUAACCCAUUAUCAUCGUACUGUGUUCAAGAAAAUAAACCAUGUAUUGGGUGGUGGGUUGACGAGUAUUUCAAAGAUUGUCUCUGCAAUCUCAAGGACCAAAUCUCGUUCGGAUUGGGAAUUAUAAGCCUUGUUUGUUGGGGUGUAGCUGAAAUCCCUCAGAUUAUCACCAACUUCCGUACUAAAUCCAGCCAUGGCGUCUCUCUUAUCUUCCUCCUAACAUGGAUUGCAGGGGAUAUCUUUAAUCUUGUGGGUUGUCUUCUGGAACCUGCAACAUUGCCCACACAAUACUACACUGCUAUGCUUUACACAACAAGCACAGUCAUCUUGGUGUUGCAGAGCUUGUACUAUGAUCACAUCUAUGCAUGGUUGAAAUCUCGGAAAGCCGAUGCAAAUGCUAGUCCAGAGGUGGAAGAAACUAAGAAACCCCUCAAACCAGCUGCCAUUUUAAAUUCGCAAAGUCGUGCCAUCAAAGCAUCCCCAUCUCAACGCCCGAACUACUAUUACAUGUCAGCAAGAUCAAUGGCUGGAAGUUCAACUCCACCUUUUAGAGGUUGUCUAUGGACAACAAGAAGCGGCCCAGCCUCGGCUAUGGCUGCUGAAAAUGAUUCUUCUUCAGAAGAUGAGUCAUCGGUUGAGAUACCAAAGACUGCUUCCCAACCUAGGCCAAUACCACGCUCUGUGGGUUAUGGAGCAUUUUUUGGUGCUUCACUGAAUAUGCCUUCACAGGCCAAGGGUUUGGUUCAAGUUUAUGCUUACAGGCAGCUUCUACAAGAUGGUGGUGGUGGAAAAAGUGUGUAUGGCCAAUGGCUGGGCUGGAUGAUGGCUGCUAUAUACAUGGGCGGUCGCAUUCCUCAAAUUGUGUUAAAUGUGAAAAGAGGCAGUGUUGAGGGUUUGAAUCCUCUCAUGUUCGUGUUUGCACUCGUGGCCAAUGCAACUUACGUUGGAAGCAUUCUUGUAAGAAGUACAGAAUGGGAGAGAAUUAAAGCAAACAUGCCGUGGUUGCUGGAUGCUGCAGCCUGUGUGGCACUCGACGCUUUCAUCAUAAUGCAGUACGUCUACUACAGAUACUUCUUCCUGAAGCAGCGACUUCCAAACAGCCAUCAUGAGGUCUACUAGAAGACUUAUGUCACCCAUCUUCUUUCUACCUAAUUGAGUGUUAUGGGCAAUUAUUUGGUUGAAAUACAUUAUUGUUAUUAAUAAUUAGGAUGAUGGUAGCAACAUCUCGAGCGGAUCUCAUCAAAAAAUUAACAAAAAGGUCACUUAACAUUGUACAAGAAUUCAAGUAAUAUGAGAUUCUU